UCGACCCGUCUGGGAAUGGCCAGGACCCGCUCCAGCAGCCUCCUUCCCCACCCCUCCCCCUCGCGUCCUGAGCCCCCGUGUGCUCCCUCCGCUGGCUCCGCACAGUGUCAGCUUACACGCCUUAUAUAGUCCGAGCAGGCUUCUGCGAGGCCUGCCUGUCGGGACCUGGGGGCGGGGGAGAGGAGCGCCGGCCCCUGACUCACCCUUCGGUCCGAGGGUUAAGGCUGGCUUGGGGGGAGUCCAUGUCAAAUUAGCUCUGCGGCCCACUCCUGAAUGAAAAGAACCUCAAGACUGAGUGAAGGGACCCCCUCAUCAUCCAGUCCCUGGGGGGGGGGGGGCGGGGAUUGCCCCUGCCUCUGCAAAGUGAGGUCUGCCAGCCACACCUGACAAGAUGUAUGCCUGCUGGUGCCCUGGGUGUGUUCAGAGGCUGCUCGUGCCUUCCUGGCACCAGUCCAAGGAGCAGGCACCAUGGAUUCCUUCAAGGUGGUGCUGGAGGGGCCUGCACCUUGGGGCUUUCGGCUGCAGGGGGGCAAGGACUUCAAUGUGCCCCUCUCCAUCUCCCGGCUGACUCCUGGAGGCAAAGCUUCACAGGCAGGCGUGGCUGUGGGUGACUGGGUGCUGAGCAUCGAUGGUGAGAAUGCGGGGGGCCUCACACACAUUGAAGCCCAGAACAAGAUUCGUGCCUGUGGGGAGCGCCUCAGCCUGGGUCUCAGCAGGGCCCAGCCGGCUCAGAGCAAACCGCAGAAGGCCCUGGCCCCUGCCGCGGACCCCCCGCGGUACACCUUUGCACCCAGCGCCUCCCUCAACAAGACGGCCCGGCCCUUUGGGGCGCCCCCGCCCGCUGACAGCGCCCUGCAGCAGAAUGGACAGCCGCUCCGGCCGCUGGUUCCAGAUGCCAGCAAGCAGCGGCUGAUGGAGGACACAGAGGACUGGCGGCCUCGGCCCGGGACAGGCCAGUCCCGUUCCUUCCGCAUCCUUGCCCACCUCACGGGCACCGAGUUCAUGCAAGACCCGGAUGAGGAACACCUGAAGAAAUCAAGAUCUUGCAGCCAGGUGCCCAGGACAGAAGCCCCAGCCCCAGCCUCAGCUACACCCCAGGAACCCUGGCCUGGCCCUACCACCCCCAGCCCCACUAGCCGCCCACCCUGGGCUGUGGACCCUGCAUUUGCUGAGCGCUACGCCCCGGACAAGACCAGCACGGUGUUGACCCGGCACAGCCAGCCAGCCACACCCACACCUCUGCAGAACCGCACCUCCAUCGUGCAGGCAGCCACUGGAGGAGGCACAGGAGCAGGUGGUGGCAGCAAUGGCAAGACUCCCGUGUGCCACCAGUGCCACAAGGUCAUCCGGGGCCGCUACCUGGUGGCACUGGGCCAUGCAUACCACCCUGAGGAAUUUGUGUGCAGCCAGUGUGGGAAGGUCCUGGAAGAGGGCGGCUUCUUUGAGGAGAAGGGUGCCAUCUUCUGCCCCCCCUGCUAUGAUGUGCGCUAUGCACCCAGCUGUGCCAAGUGCAAGAAGAAGAUCACAGGCGAGAUCAUGCAUGCCCUAAAGAUGACCUGGCAUGUGCACUGCUUUACCUGCGCGGCCUGCAAGACACCCAUUCGGAACAGGGCCUUUUACAUGGAGGAAGGCGCACCCUACUGCGAGCGAGACUAUGAGAAGAUGUUUGGCACGAAAUGCCGGGGCUGUGACUUCAAGAUCGAUGCAGGGGACCGCUUCCUGGAGGCGCUGGGCUUCAGCUGGCAUGACACUUGCUUCGUGUGUGCGAUAUGCCAGAUCAACCUGGAAGGAAAGACUUUCUACUCCAAGAAGGACAAGCCCCUCUGCAAGAGCCACGCCUUUUCCCAUGUGUGAGCCCCUCCCAUCCACUGCUGCCUCAUCCAGCCCAGCCAGAGGGAUUGCCAGUUCUUGAGUCAUCACCCCAGAUUUCUGGAUAGGGUUGGCAAAGGUCACCCCAACCCCAAUUCCUGGCCUGAGCCUGGGAUUCCCUGGGCCCUGCCCUACCCCCUCCAUUUCCCCCCACUCCCUCCACCACCACCACACAUCGGUGCUGGCCACACCAGUCCCUGUUCACAAUCAGUGCCACAAUAAACCUAUAUCCAGCUAUG